GUAAACACACCAUAACAGCGUAAAUUAAAAUAUUUAAACGGUAGUAGUUCCACCAAAGGCCACUUCAUCACCAAUUUCAGCAUCAUCCAUGUAGAAAUCGGACACGUCAAAUUUAGGCAAAAUUGGGUUGAUAUUAUCAGCAUAAUUAGCCUCCACAUUUUUUCCUUUUCCUUUUGUGGAAGCUUGAUUUUAAACUUUCAUGAAGAUGGUGGCGAAGGAAAAUUAUGGCUUUUGCCUUUUGCUGAGAUGAUGAUGUAUUGUUUUCAGCAAUUGUAUUUUUGAGGCCAUUAGCCUUGAGUCUUAUAUACACACUCAUCCUAAACAAUCCUUUAUAUUUUUUAUAUCUAUGGAUACGAGAAUAAAUGAGAAGAAAAGGGUAGAAGCAAGCCUCUUUCCGUCUCUCCCAUUCCCCACGAACGCUGAAUGCUAUUCGCCAUUCUCGCCACCCACUGACCCACGAUGAGAUCUUCUUCACCGCCCACCUCUAAUGUUUUCGUUCUCUUUAUGAUCCGUCUUUGUCCUUCAAUUUCCAGCACGGCUAUGCCGUUCGUGCAGUGGGGUGUGGACCUCGUAGGCGCACUCCCUAGAGGCACCGGGGACGUGAGGUACGUCAUAGUGGCUAUCAACUACUUCACAAAGUUGGUGGAGGCGGCGACGCUGGCAACGGAAGUUGGAAGCCUGCAAAGAGGAUUGGACAGAGGAGCUGCCCUACAUCUUAUAGACUUACUGGACCACGCCCCAGAAAGCGACCGGGGAGAUCCCCUUUGCUUUAUGUUACGGCUUCGAGGCAAGGGCACCCGCAGAGAUCUCCACCUCCGUCAUGACUCAUUACGAGGAGAUCUUCGAUCCCGAAUGCAACAAAAAAGCUUUGGCGGCAGAGCUCCAUCUCGUACAUGAGAGGUGGGAAGUGGCCUUCACACGAGCAGAGAAUUAUCGAAAGAAGGUGAAAAGCUACCACGAUAGACGGGUUCGCACGCGCGGCUUUGUUGAAGGAGACUAGGUGCUGUGUAGGGUUGUAAAUGAAUCGAAUAUUUUUAA